GAAAAACAAAACCGCUUGCUUAAGCUACUGCUUUUAAACAAACAAACUUUGAUGUCAGAAAGAGUUACUCCGAUCACUCUGAACGCGUAAAGUGCUGAUGUCAUCAACUCCGUCGCCAUCGCCAUCGCCAUCGCCGUCGUAUCUGACGCCGACGCAAAGAUACGCCGCCGGAGCCUUAUUCGGCCUUGCUCUACACCAAGCACAACUUCAUCAAACCCACCCACUCGGCCUUUCAACCGACGAUUUUCCUUCUCCGAGCAGUUCCACCUCCACCGGCGCGGUUUUCGAAGAUCCUGACCUUUGGGUUCACCACACCUCCGGUUUGCUUCGCCCCGUUUUUAUAUUUCUUGAUAUUGAUUCUGCAGCAUGGUCUGGACUUGAGGAAACUUCUGGCUCUUCUGUGGCUACGCGUCAUGUGGGACCGUUCUUGAGACUAUUGUCAGAAGAAUAUGAUGAUGAUAAUGCUAAAAGGUUAGAUCAAGAGCUUGCUUUGUCGGAAGCAGUUGAUGCUUUGGUUCUCAGCUUAGAAAAAAAUUCAGAGUCUUCGAGGUCAAAACGAAAGAAGUUGCGUGAAUAUGAGCAUGAAUGUCGUGAGAAGUUUUCAACUGCCGAUGUUCAACCAAAUUCUGAGAAGGUAGACAUGCAUUUGGAAACUCAGCAAGAGGAAGAUACUCUUUUCUUUGAAUGUGAAGAAGACCCACAUGAGGGAUCUUCUAACAGUAAGACUGAUGAAGGUCCAGUUGAAGAGUUAAUGAUGCUCAGCUAUCAGAGGAAAGUGACAGUUCUCUACCAACUUCUCGCUGCUUGUUUGUCGGAUAUUGGUGAAAAAAACACAAAAUAUACUCGGAGAAGAAAGGGAUAUGAUGCUCGACAUCGCGUGGCACUACGGCUGCUUGCAACUUGGCUCGAUAUCAAGUGGACAAAAAUGGAGGCUGUUGAGAUGAUAGUUUCUAGUUCUGCAAUGGCGAUCGUUAAAGAGCAAGAAUCAAAUAAAGAAGCUCAAUCAAAUGAAAGCGGCUGGGCUAAAUGGAAGCGGGGUGGUAUUAUUGGUGCUGCAGCGUUAACUGGGGGAGCUUUGAUGGCUAUUACUGGUGGAUUAGCUGCCCCAGCAAUUGCUGCAGGACUUGGUGCUUUGGCUCCAACUUUAGGUACUUUGAUCCCUGUUAUCGGAGCAGGUGGAUUUGCAGCAGCUGCUAGUGCAGCAGGAACUGUUGCUGGUUCUGUUGCUGUUGCUGCCUCAUUUGGAGCUGCUGGAGCAGGGCUUACUGGAACCAAAAUGGCUAGAAGAGUUGGGAGUGUUGACGAAUUUGAAUUCAGAGCUAUAGGUGACAACCAUAACCAAGGCAGAUUGGCGGUUGAGAUAUUGGUUUCCGGAUUUGUCUUUGAGGAAGAUGAUUUUGUAAGGCCAUGGGAAGGACAGAAUGACAAUUUGGAGAGGUAUGCACUGCAGUGGGAGUCCAAGAAUCUAAUUGCCGUUAGCACUGCAAUUCAGGACUGGCUUACUUCAAGAAUUGCGAUGGAGCUGAUGAAGCAAGGGGCAAUGAUGACUGUCUUGAGUGCACUUUUAACUGCAUUGGCUUGGCCAGCUGCAUUGCUUGCCGCUACUGAUUUCAUAGACAGCACGUGGUCAAUUGCUAUUGACAGAUCAGACAAGGCAGGGAAGCUGCUUGCUGAAGUGUUAUUGGGAGGAUUGCAGGGAAAUAGGCCUGUGACACUUAUAGGUUACUCACUUGGAGCAAGAGUUAUUUUCAAGUGUCUAGAGUGUUUGGCUGAAACGGAAAACCAUGCUGAACUUGUAGAAAGAGUUGUCCUUCUUGGAGCACCCAUUGCAAUCAAGGAUGUGAAUUGGGAAGCUGCUAGAAAGAUGGUAGCUGGAAGAUUUAUAAAUGCUUAUUCAAGGACCGACUGGAUGCUUGGAGUUGCUUUCCGUGCCAGCUUACUUUCUCAAGGUUUAGCUGGAAUCCAGCCAAUCGAUAUUCCUGGAAUCCAAAAUGUUGACGUGACAGAUCGCAUUGAGGGGCACUCUUCAUAUUUGUGGGCUACACAACAGAUCUUGGAUGAACUUGAACUGGAAACGUAUUAUCCCGUUUAUAACAGCAUUCUUCCUAAAGAGUAAACCAGUUCCAGUCCCACUUUCUUCUUGUUUGAAUAUAAGGAAGAUAAAUUCCUAGUGUCACUGUCAAGAGGAUCUGGAUUCCCAUGCAUGAAUCCAACUUUCUUGAUUGAAUAUAAGGAAGAUAAAUUCAUAGCAUCACUGUCAAGAGGAUCAGGAUUCCCAUGCAUGAGGCGUGUAUCGUUGUCAUAUAACUGAGUCUCUCUCAAACAUGUAAAUUGUAAUCAUAGAUUUUAUAUCUAAUAAUGAGUGUGUAUGAAUGAGCGAGCUUAAGAUAGUUCAUUAAGUUUGUUCUAACAUAUAUUAUUUGACGGGUUCAAUCUGUAUAAAGUAUACACAUGAAAAAAA